AUGGCGACCCUGCUCCCUCCCCCAGGCACCGCUGUGUUCCGCCGCUUCACCCCGGAGUCGUUGGUGGAGAUCGAGAGGCUCAAGGAGGAAGGAAAAAAGGCCGAAAAAGUAGAGAGCCAUGAGGAGGAAGAGUCGGUGGGCCCUCAUGCCGAUUUGGAGGCAGGGAAGAGUUUGCCCUUAAUAUAUGGAGACCCUCCGCCAGAGCUGCUCAACACACCUCUGGAGGACCUGGACCCCUUCUACAAAGCACAGAGCGUCAGUCUCAGCAAAUACAGGCCAAUACAGAAAAGUUUGAUCAGGCUUUGUACAAUAUUACAUUUACUAAUCAAUAGAUUUCAGUUGUAAUGGCUGCAUACUCUUUCUGCUAUGUGUCAGAUUAAAUUUUGGUGUGCAAAUUUCUGGAUUGCAUUGAUGGAGUUCAUCUAUCUUUUUCAGACAUUUGUUGUGAUCAGCAAAGGAAACACAAUCUACAGGUUCAACGCUGAGCCCGCUUGCUACAUUCUGAGCCCCUUUAGUUUGAUUAGAAGAGGAGCCAUUAAAAUUCUCAUACAUUCAUAUCCUUUGAAUGAGACGGACUGGAUGUGUAGUGAUUCAUGAUGAUGAGAACUAAGUAUAACCCCGCCUCAAAACAGUCCAGACAUUAUGUAAGGUGUUGAGAAAAACAGAUUUUAAUGGUUUGAAAAUCAUUCAAACUGAGUAUUUGGUUGUAAAUAGUGCAAAGAAAACAUAUCAAAUGUUGAAUCUUGAGGUCUUCAUUUCAAAGGAUUGAUGGCAGGGACAACAAAACACUAGAAAAGUUGUUUGAUGAUUGAAAAGGAAAAUGAAAACUGAAAAAAGUGAAAAACUGCAAAGAAUAUAGGAAUUUCAUCAUCUACAGUACAUAAUAUUAAUAACCUCAAAAAUAAAGAAACAAGGCCAAGAACCAAUUCUGGAGAUGGUCCAGGUCUUUGAGCCCUCAGGCAGCAGUGUGUUCAAAAUAGACAACUUACAUGAGUUCAAGUUUAUUUCCAAAAACCAUUGUCUGUGAACUCAAAUAGGACCUUUGCCCACUGAAAAUAGACUGAGGGAGGACCUCUCAUAUUUCCAAAAGAAAAUGCCAAACCACAUUCUGUAAAGCAUCGCUCUGUAGGAGUUCAGUCCAGGUGCUAAACAGGCCUACCUACUAACCUCUUAUUGUCCAUUUAAAAUAUUCGGCAUAUUAAGAAACAGAAAAUGUGACGAUGAAGACCCCAAACUGUUGUGCAGCUGAAACCCCAUCAGGCAAGAAUGGGACAUCAUUUCACCUUCACGGCUCCAGGAACUGAUCCCUCUGCUUUCCAAACAUUUACAAUGUUGUUAGAAGAAGUAAUGCAACACACUUGUAAACAUACCCCAACACAAACUUUUUUAAACAUGUUGCCAGCCUCAAAUCCAAAUUAGGAAUAUAUUUUUCAUAAAAUACUUCAGUCUCAGCUUUUGAAAUGUUGUCUUUGCACCAUUUUCAAUGAAAUACGCAGUUCAAAUGGGAUUAGACGUCUUGAUAAGAAGAUGUCAAAUCCCAAUCCCUGUUACCAACUGUUUUUGUCGCCGGGGUUAUUGAUAGAGAAGAUGUCUACUCAUACAUAAUGUCAAUGUUUGUUUCCUUAACCCUAAAUUAAAUUAUUUAGCAUGUUCAUCAUGAUAACAAUUCUAUCGAAUUGCGUAUUCAUGACGAUGAGCAAUCCACCAGCAUGGAGUAAAACUGUAGAGUAAGUACUCGAUCAUUGUGAACGUCUUUUAAGUCAUUCCUGCAUAAUUUAAAGAUAACCUAAACUAAUGUGUGUCAAACAAUCUGUUUCUAGGUAUGUUUUCACUGGUAUCUAUACCUUUGAGGCAACAGUCAAAGUGUUGUCUCGAGGUUUCUGUGUUGGGUCUUUUACAUUCCUUCGAGAUCCAUGGAAUUGGCUGGAUUUCAUGGUGAUUAGCAUGGCGUAAGUAUCUGAAUGUGCAUUUUCAUAAAUGUGUUGUUGAAGUCAGUUACCGAUUACGACAUUUUUACAUCAAACUUAAACUUUUGCACAGUCUCAUUGGUAAACACAUUUCUUACACGAUGUUUGGACUACUAAGAGCGCUAUUACUGAUGCCAGUUACAAGAAAACGAAAAGAGAUAUUUGAGUCUCAUCUUGCAGUUUCUCUGAUCGGAUGUUUUUACGUCUUUCCGCAGAUAUGUCACUGAGUUUGUUGACCUCGGAAAUGUGUCAGCACUCAGGACAUUUCGUGUACUUCGAGCUCUUAAAACAAUUACUGUGAUUCCUGGUAAGGUGAUAGUACUCAGUCACAUAUCAAGUAAUCUUGUUUAAUCUAGCUUGCUGUUUGUUUCCCAACACUAACAUUAUCAUCUGUAUUUUGUCAGGUUUGAAAACCAUUGUAGGCGCUCUGAUCCAGUCAGUGAAGAAAAUGGUGGACGUCAUGAUUCUGACCGUCUUUGCACUCGCUGUGUUUGCCCUCGUUGGCCUUCAACUUUUUAUGGGAAAUCUUCGACAGAAAUGCAUACGAUGGCCACUCGAUUUCUUCAACGCCACCUCAUUCAACGACACCGUGUUCUUCAACGACACCAUGGGUUUCAACGAUACAUUUUAUUCCAACAGUACCUUCAAUUUCAUGGAAUAUAUUGAAAACCCAGGUAUGAUUGACACCUCACAAAUGUAUUUUUUCUCAAUUUAAGCUGCUAUUGUGACAUAAAGGUGUCUCUGCUUCUUUUCUUGCUCGAUUUAGAUAAUCAGUAUUUCUUGGAAGGCAGCCCAGAUGCUCUACUUUGUGGAAACAGUUCUGACGCUGGGUAUGUAGAGUUCCCACUGGAAAAUUUUACAUGAUUAUCCUUCACUGUUGCGAUUGAGUUGAUGUAUAAGAGGACAAUCACAGCAUACUAACUCUUUGUUGAUAGAAAGUGCCCAGAGGGGUACACGUGCAUGAAGGCUGGAAGGAACCCCAACUUCGGCUACACCAGUUUCGACUCUUUUGGCUGGGCCUUUCUGGCACUCUUCAGACUCAUGACCCAAGACUACUGGGAGAACCUUUUCCAGCUGGUUGGCACUUUUUCCAUUUGUUGCAUACAUUUCUGACCUCUUACUUGUACGUUUUAUUCCUCGACUUGGGAGUUAGAAAUUUGUCCUUAGUUCUCGUAGCUUCUUUGUUGCUCCGAACACAGAUUCUGCGGGCGGCUGGCAAGACAUACAUGCUGUUCUUUGUCGUGAUUAUCUUUCUGGGCUCCUUCUACCUCAUCAACCUCAUCCUGGCUGUGGUAGCCAUGGCUUAUGAUGAGCAGAAUCAGGCAACUCAGCGAGAGGCCAUCGAGAAAGAAGAGGAGUUCCAGAGACUCCUAGAGCAACUCAAGAAUCAAGAACAGGUAACUUUUACGAGGACUAUGGUGACAGUUUUCAAUCAAACUUUAUGUUUAAGGAAGACUUCUAUAGAGGUGUUGUAUUCUUUUUAAUCCAGCAGGCUCAAAUGCUUGGGAGUCGAGCCACUCUAACCAGUAAGAAGUCACUCAGUCAUCACACCAUAUCUGAGAUGGCAGAUGAUGAACGAAGCCUCGAUCAUGAUGAAGCUGUCAAAGAUUGUAAUGGGAGAAUCGUACCACGUCUGCUUGUCAGAGCACCCACCAUGAUCAAGGUUGGUUUGAUUACAGUUAAUCUCACUGGGCAUUUACAUGAACUUUUGUAUCAGUAUCCUGUUUCUUUUUAGAGUUCUUGUAGUAGUCAGACAGGUUUUUCGAAACCCAGACAAGGAUGCACCCCUAUUUCUAAAAUCGGCCCAAGUUUACAAGCAGAACCACAAACACCUACAAAUCCUAAUCAACACUGUUUGGUUUGGUUUGGGUUUUUGAUUUCAAUGGGUCUGUUGUAAAUUUCCCAACUAAGAUUGUUUUUCAUCUUUCACAGCCUGCUCCAGAAUACGAACAGAAAGAAAAGUCUAUAGGCUCUGUGCACAGUAUGCUCCAUCUGGAAGAACCGGGCCUUACGCAGAGGACUGCCAGUGCUCUGACUGUGCUUACUGCAGCUGCAAUGGAAGGUACGGCAAAAACUGAACAGAAACCCUUCAUUCAUAAAGGUUUUUUGAGGUUUAGACAAGUAGAAUUAAGGGACGGUAUAAAACCAGUGGAACAUUUUAGGGCACUGUUUGAAGCAGCAUGGUUUACCCACACAGAGGUGUUAAGUUCCUUCAGAAAAUGAAGAAAUACACAUGGCUUAGCCAUAGAUUUUACAGAAGAUCCUCUAAUUAGAGAUGUAAUUGCUUUGAUUAUCAAAAAGUUGUUAAGAUUUUACUCCACUUUAUCCACGGCCAGUACAGUAGCAUUGUCUUGAGCUCAUUAUAGUCGAGCUAAUCAACGUAAUCAAAUUUUGUGCAGGAGAAAUUCCUGCCACCAUCAAGUGUCAAGCCCUUAAGGUGUUAAGCUCUGGCUAUUUCAGCUCAACAGCAGCUUGGCACAGAGGAGACACUCUGCUCUCUCGCUCUCUGUUAGCAUAUCAUUUAAAGGUAGCUGAUAUACUUUCAUAAAGGACAGUAGACUACCAAAAUUUUUGGCCUGUCUGUUUGUCUAGAGUUGGAGGAGGCUCAGAGGCCUUGCCCACCCGGUUGGUACAAGUUUGCCGACACGUUCCUGAAGUGGGACUGCUGCCCACAGUGGGUAACGUUUAAAAAGUGGGUGUACUUCGUGGUGAUGGAUCCUUUUGUUGAUUUGGCCAUUACCAUCUGCAUCGUGCUCAACACCCUCUUCAUGGCCAUGGAGCACUACCCCAUGACUCCAGAGUUUGACUACAUGCUCUCAGUUGGGAAUUUAGUGAGUACGCUUCACAUUUCACUUUAGUGUGACUCCCACAAAUGUUCCAACUGGGCUGAUUUUUUCAAGUUUGUUUUAACAGAAAUGGAUACCUCCCUCUCCAUCUUUAGGUUUUCACGGGGAUCUUCACAGCAGAAAUGUUCUUCAAGCUUAUCGCCAUGGACCCCUACUACUACUUUCAAGUCGGUUGGAACAUUUUCGACAGCAUUAUCGUCACUCUCAGUCUGGUGGAGUUGGGGCUGGCUAAUGUCCAGGGCCUGUCAGUCCUCAGGUCUUUCCGUCUGGUGAGGAACAACGGGUGAUAAUUAUCCAUGUCCAUUUGCCAAUACAAUCAUUUCUAAUCGAUUUCUCUCUAUGGUCUGUUGGAGAUAGCUUAGAGUCUUCAAACUAGCCAAGUCCUGGCCAACACUCAACAUGUUGAUCAAAAUUAUUGGCAACUCAGUUGGCGCUCUAGGAAAUCUGACUUUGGUGCUGGCCAUCAUCGUCUUCAUCUUCGCUGUGGUGGGUAUGCAGCUCUUUGGCAAGAACUACAAGGACUGCGUGUGCAAGAUUUCCACCGAAUGCGAGCUGCCACGGUGGCACAUGAACGACUUCUUCCACUCCUUCCUCAUCGUCUUCCGUAUCCUGUGCGGGGAAUGGAUCGAGACCAUGUGGGACUGCAUGGAGGUGGCCGGAGCUGGGAUGUGUUUAGUUGUCUUCAUGAUGGUCAUGGUUAUCGGAAAUCUGGUGGUGAGUGCAACACCCGUUCCUGAUGCCUUUCUUGUAUCUGUGGCUCAAAAAUAUGGCAUUCCAGGCAUUUAGACCACAACGAGAAUAAUCCAAAGGGUUCUCUGAUGGAGACGGCAAGGGCAAGAAGGGGUAUGAAAAAAGUAAAGGUACUAAAUGACCAGUAACACCCUAGAGGGGCCAGUCGAGAGGGGUCUGGCUGCAGACCUCCACUGUCAGGACGUGAGGACCCAAGGUGAUGUCUUUUCUCACAUACUCUAGUUUGUUUUAAUUGGUCAUCCUGUUUUGUAUUUUGUCUUUGUUGAACACAUGAAUACACAAAAAAAUCCUAUUGACAUUACAUACAUAAAAUAAAGCCUUGAAAAAUAAAAAACAUUCACACAAGACAAAAAAUAUGUACUUCCAGGUCUAAUUGCUUUUAUUUUGAAAGGAUUCAGAUCAACUUAAGGUCUGCACAGUGGAGAUUGGUCCUCACAGUGAGGGUCCUGACAGUGGAGGUCUGCAGCCAGACUGUCUUGGACCAGUCAGGUCUAAUUUAUACUUUUGCUUGGAUUCUACACCACAGCAUACGCCAAAAAUCCUGUGGUCGGUCCACUGGGUAGUUUCCAGCUUUCGCAACACUUCCAGUUUCCUCACCUCUGCCAACACUGAUUCAGUGGCCGCACAUUCAGUUUCCUCUUCCUCUCUUUUCUUCUUUGCAACAUAUACGCUCUGACUUAGUGCCUGUACUUUCCUGUGCACGGGCAAGCAGAUAACAUCGAACUGUAGUACUGGAAAUUGGUGAUAUGACCUGCUUAGAAAUUAAACUGCCAAGUAGCAUGUUGGCGGAGUUUGCAGAUUCAUAGUGGGAAGAUUUUCACUGUUACUUUUUCCAACAAUAUAUAGUGACAGGCAAGUUUGGUGCGAAUUAGAAAGCCUAAGUUUCAUUGUUGUUGCUUGCCUCAGCGUACAGCACAUCUUAAGAAGAUGCUAAUUCCUUGUAGAUGCUGCCACUCAACAUAUGCUUUAUCCAAACUCUAUACAACUGUCACUGCUGUGAAGCUGUAAAGCUGACUAAUGGUUCUGAAAAAUCUCUCCAAAUCUAACAGUUGGAUUAAUAUAAUGCCAUGAUAUUUGUGGUGUGCAUAUCCCAUCGGGCUAUUGUUAACCUCGCAGCUUAGGGAUGCCAAGGAUAGACAUACAUAACUAAGGGAGAGAGUUGUAUCCACCAGGGGGCAACGCAACAAUCACUUGUUACUAAUAGUUCAGAUGUUAACUUGUAAAUUGGUUCAGCGGCGCUUACCUUUUAGGCCUCGGUGAAUACAGAGGCAGGAAAGGUUGAGAUGCUCAGGGAAGAAUCCUGAGUGUGUAGAGAAUGGAAAUACUGCCCCUGACAUUUUCCCUUGGCCUCAUGGACGUACAGAUGAUACAGAUGAUCACUCGCAGACAUCAUUUCAGCAUCGUAUUUAAUGACUAAAGCCAAAAUCAUUUCCUGUUUGGUUAUUUUUAGGAAUGGAUAGGAUAUGGAUCAUUGUCAAGCUAACUCAAAUAUUUCAUCGGCUGCACUUUGCCAAAAUGUCACGGCUUAUUUUACAUCAUGUGUUAACCCCCUAACCAUCCACCCCUUAGCUCAUAUAUAAAUUCGCACUAUUUGCUGUGACAUAAAAACAAACAAUACACACACACACACUUCAAAGGAGGGGGUUUCUAUUUAAAUCAAAUGACUUGAGCUACCAAACAGUGGUUUUGACCUUGAGUAUGUGCUAAGAUCCGGCUCAAGCAAGCACGCUGCCACGGGGGGAACAAACGCAGACAGCUGAGAGGGCAGAGCUCAGAUAGCAGAGAGACCCGGUGCUAAGGAAGAGUCAUUUGAUAGCAUAUUUGGCUGCAAUUAAUGAAAGGGGUUAUCAUAUCGGGCCAUCUGUGUCACUGUUUUUUGAGCAGAGAGGAUACAGUACAAUUGUCUAAGAAUGUAUGCUCAUACAUUUGUGCCUGUUUUUCCCCUAUGGGCCAAAAUUGGUGCUUAGGGUGACCAUAUUCUGAAUCCCCAAAAAGAGGGCACAACUACGCAGGAGCGGAGUCACGGAGUCACGCGUAGUUAGUUUUGAGAGUUUUUCGAUUUGGAUAGAGUGAUUUUUACGCACUUCUAAUUCAGUAAGUCCACGCGACACAAACUCAAAACUUCCAUACAAAACCCCGGACAUUUUUAAGGAUUCUUCCCUGGACAGCCACCAAAAAAGAGGACAUGUCUGGGUAAAAGAAGACAUAAAGUCACCCUAUAGUGCUAAUAUUCCUCUUUUUUGUUUGUCUUUUUUUUGCAUUGGUUUGCCUUCCCGUGUCCCUAUAAGGCAGCUUCUCAAAAAAGAAAACCAUUACAAUCGCAUUAAAAGUUGGGGUAAUUUUAAGGUCCAUUUAAUAAUCUUAACUAAAAUGCAAUUCUCUGACAAAAAAAUUGUUAAAGGCUGCCUUAAACACAGAAAAUCAAAGUAACUGGCCAACACUAAGCCACCACUUCUGAAAGAGCCAGAGAAGCUCCUGGUUCUUGGCUUUGUAUGCAACCAUCAAAGCUAAUGCUGAUGGCUUGGCUUGGCUUGGGGUGUGUAAUAGGGCGAUAUCAGGUCAUUAAGGGUUGGGACAUGCUCAUGAUCUUCAAAUCCACAGGCAGCGUUGUUUAGUAUAGUUGUAACUCAUGUAAACGUUGAUGAUGCACAGGCUCAACAAAAACACUCCCUUCAUUUAGAGAUUGCUGUAUUUUACUAAACUCACUGAGUAUGAAAACACGACAUUAUAAAAGUUUACCAAGUUUGAAAAAGAAAGGUAGUAAAAUCUUGAUCAUGUCUCUGCCAUAUAAAAGUUGUAUCCCAUUUUUGCCCCUGAGACUGUCCCUUAAACAGAUAGAUAGAUAUGUUGCUACAAUGGCCGGUCCAAACGUCUAAACUUUUCUUUUAAGAUAAGGAUCAGACAUCUCACAUCAUCACGCAGCUGCUUUGACAACUGGGGAAUCACACGGGUGAUAAUUCUGAGCUUCUGGAAGCAUUAUUUUGAGCAUCACAAACCCUUAAAUCAUGAUAUCAGUUUCUAAUCCUCCUGUGUGGAGCUUCGUACUUGUCCAAGUCAUCUUUUACCCUUAGACCUCUUCACUGAUUCACAGCUCCUCCGCUGGAUCUGCCUGACCCUGGGCUGUGUAACCAUGAUCUCCCGCUAAACCUAGGAAAUAGGAACCGGGAAAUUGACUCACAGGUUCAGAAACUAAAGAUAGCUGCAUGUGCAACAGGACGCAGAUAAUAUUCAUUAAUGGGCCAUCAUAGGACCAAUUUUAUAUGUGAUGUGUAAGUGAGAGUCUAGACUUUUUAGCUUGGCAGUGUCACUUGUUUGAAACGGCCAUAAGCAACUAAAAUUUAUGAUUGUUUCCCCCUUUGUGUCUUAUCAAGAAUUCCCCAAAACAAACUUUAACUUUAUUCUUAUACAACGUAGCAGCCAAUGAAAAAAGGAUUGUGGUCAACUCUUCAUUUACUUCUUUGUUUCUUAGGUGUUGAACCUCUUCCUGGCUUUGCUGCUCAGCUCCUUCAGCGGGGACAACCUCGCGCCAGGAGAUGACGACGGAGAGAUGAACAAUCUCCAAAUCGCCAUAGGCAGGAUCACACGCGGCAUCGACUGGUUCAAAGCUUUCAUCGUUCAAACUAUCCUGCGGGUUCUUGGCAGAAAGCCUCAGGAGUCUGAAGGGCCAGGGGAAGGCCCGGCGGACGACAAGGACGAGGACUCUAAAAUAGAACAAAUCGAAAUGAACCACCUGGACACGGGUCAGGAUAUCAAAAUGGCAGAUGGGAUACUUAACUGUAUGGUUGAAGGCCGGGCUUCUGGAUUUAUUGCGGAUGGGGAGGUGAAUCUCUCUGUGCCAAUCGCUAUGGUGGAGUCUGACUUUGAAAACCUUGACGAUGACGAUGAUGAAGAUGAAGACGACGAAGAUGACGCUGAUGAAUCCGAGAAGACAGAUGACGAAUGUAAUGAACAUGAUGAUGUAAGUACCAUACCUAGAAACUGUUUUUGACUGGCAAAGCCGGUACUUCCUGUUCAGGUGUUUUCAGACGUCGAAUUGAUCGUGACUCGGCUCUACCUGACUGAAACUCAACCGUCUGUGCAUGCUGUUUUUUCUCAGUGACACUGUGAGUCUGAAAUAUUUUCCUGUUGAGUUUUUGGUUGCCGAUUCCACAUUUGAGCCUGGCGCUAUAUGAUUAUAUGUCAACAGAGAUUAUUUUAGGAGCCUGCACGAUGAUAUCCAGCAUGUACACCUCUAUAUGUUCUACAGCUGUGCAGUACCGUCAAUGCUUGAUUCAAGGAAAAACUCAAUUUGUUUAGUUUUUAUUUAAGUAAAAAUCUAUUUAUUAAAAAAGGGUCAUUAAAAACUAGCUUAAACGGCUACCUUCUUGAGCAGUUUCCAUUAGAUAUAUUUUAAAAUGUCCUUAAUACUACCUAUAGAAAUCAUGCUGUGAAAUUUGUAGCAGCUCAAUAUCUGGAAGUCCAAGCGGUCUGAGCGGUCUAUGCCAACAUGGCGUAUUAUGGCCUUUUAUUACAGCUAACUCAUGUAACAAUAUCACAUUGUUGUGUUCAACUCAAACUGUGGCUAAGUCUUGAUGAACCUAAUAGCUUGAAAAUACAAGAUGAGUCUUUACUGAAAUAAUUUCAUUUGUAAACAUUGGCUGAAUUGUCCAAAACGAUGAUAAAACUGAUUUAACUAAGACCUGCUUUCUAUUCCUUUGUUUCCAGGAUGAUGGAGAUGACGCAAAAAGUGCACUGAGAGAUGUCAAAGUGAGUAAUUUCUGCAGACCCACAUCAAUGUUGAUGAUAUUAACUAUAAGCUCAAUCCAUUAUUUUGGGCUUUCUAAAAAUAAUUGCUGGUAAAGUUGUGAUUGUGUUUGUAACAGCCCCAAUUGUGAUUUUUGACUAGCUUCUUGGUGCCUUAAAUGAUGGGGAUUCAUCAGUGUGUAGCACAGUGGACUAUCAACCACCUGAGCCUGAACCAGAAGAAGAGGAGGAGGAAGAGGAAGAGCCGGUGGAGCCCGAGAACUGCUUUACUGACGGUACAGAUCAUACUUCAUUUAAACAGUCCAUAUAUAUUUACAUUAUAUAACUGUUAGCUGGUAUUCUUCCAGACUUCAAUUCUUGGUAUCCGUGUUGAUCCCAAUGUCUUUUAUUCAACUCAUCAAGCAACCUUUGACUAUCUCCUGUUCUCAGACUGCGUGAGGCGGUGGCCAUGCCUGACUGUGGACAUCACCCAAGGUAGAGGCAAGAAAUGGUGGAACCUGCGCAGGACUUGCUUCACGAUUGUGGAGCAUGACUGGUUUGAAACCUUUAUAAUCUUCAUGAUCCUCCUCAGCAGUGGCGCUCUGGUGAGCGCUGCUUCUGUCAUCAGCACAACAAAUUUAGAAGUAUUAACCGUUAAUGAUGGUCUCAAGAAACCAUGAAAGUAAUCUGGCUAUUUUAAAUCUUCUUUUGGCAGGCUUUUGAGGAUAUACACAUAGAAAGACGCCGAACCAUCAAAAUUAUUCUGGAGUAUGCUGACAAAGUGUUUACCUACAUCUUCAUCAUUGAGAUGCUCCUUAAAUGGGUCGCGUACGGUUUCAAGACGUAUUUCACCAAUGCUUGGUGCUGGUUGGACUUCUUCAUUGUAGAUGUAAGUUUAGACGUCUUCAUACAGAACAUUCAUGUUUUAUGUCGGUAAAAGUCUGUUGUAACACUUGAAUAGGGAGCAUUUUGAUUCUGCCACAGAUUUCCCUGAUUAGUUUAGCUGCCAACUGGAUGGGCUACUCUGACCUUGGACCAAUCAAAUCCCUCAGAACUCUCAGGGCACUGAGACCUCUUCGAGCGCUGUCAAGAUUUGAGGGGAUGAGGGUACGUUUUGGGGGGCCUCUAGAGACAUGUUUGAUCAAAGUGCAUGGCUUGUGGUGAUUUGAGGCGAAUGGUUCAUGCAUCAUCAUUUUAGAAAGGAAAUAAGAAAUAGGUCUAAGAUGUUAUCAUCACGAUAUAGCACCGUGUGGCAGACUUGGGGCUUCAGGACCCCUUAACUCUGAAAUUCGCUUGUUUCAGUUUAGUGUAUUGUGUCAUAGCGGGGAAUCAAGGCCACAUCUGGGACUGCUCACAAUCUCCUGACAUGAAGUCCUGCAUGUUUGAGUUUUCUUUCUGCUCUGUGUCCCAUCAAUAACACCAACCAAUGAGAAUACAGAGCACCCUGCACGUGCAAAAGUUACAUGCACAAAUGUUUAUACUGUCUUUGAGAUCCAAGGAAGCGUCCACAGUCGUUUUCGUCAUCCUUACUUUUGGUUUCUCUGAACACAUCACAGCAAGUAUCAUAAAUUCUGCUUUGGACACCUUCGUUUGUUUAUAGUGUUCCUCCCAGGUGUUGUCUAGCCAAGCCACUGCCCCCUAACAUUAUGACAUUGGUUGUGAUGUUUGGUUUGGUCAUUUGUGUUGGUUACAUUACAAAUUUGUGGCUCUAAUCGACACAGUGACCUUCCAAAAUGUCAAAACGAUUGUGUAGCCUGACCUCUGCAUAAGACAGCAACCCUCAAAUGCAAAACUAAAGGCUUUCUAAUAACAUGCCAUGAAAAAGUGGUGAUGUUUUCAAUCUAAUUUGACUGGCUUUCCUCUUUGUGUUAAACGCAUGCUCACACUGUUGCCACUGUAACAGAGCCAGCUAAGGUAAGAAAGGGUAAAACUCAAUCAGACUACUGUGUUUCAAUAAAUCUCCAGCCAUUCCUUGAUUCUCACUGAGUUCUUCAUUUUGGGCAGGUGGUGGUGAACGCUCUUGUUGGGGCAAUUCCCUCCAUCUUCAAUGUGUUGCUGGUUUGUCUUAUAUUCUGGCUCAUCUUCAGCAUCAUGGGAGUUAACCUGUUCGCUGGGAAGUUCUACCGUUGUAUCAACACCACCUCAGAGGAGCUUUUCCCAAUAACUGAGGUCAACAACAAGAGCGAUUGCCUAGCUAUGAUGGAAGCAACACACGAAGCCCGCUGGGUCAAUGUCAAAGUCAACUAUGACAAUGUGGGAAAAGGCUACCUGUCUCUGCUGCAAAUAGUAAGAAGUGCUGCUUCUAUAGUUCAAUCUUGAAGAUAUUGAAGUUGUAUGUAGAUGACGCUGAUCUUGAAACAUUGUCCUAUAUUUCAGGCAACUUUUAAAGGCUGGAUGGACAUCAUGUAUGCUGCUGUUGACUCAAGAGAGGUAAUUUCUAGACAUGUUGAUGGAAAUGUUUUGGUAUCCUUCCGAUGGAACUAUGUACCACAACUGAACGCAAGAGGAUCCUAACUAGGAAAUGAAGAUAACCCUACAAGACCCUUAAAUUAGGAUCUCAAUAUGGACCUAUUAUUCUACAUUAGUAUAUUAAUACAAUCAUUAAGCAGUGAAUUUUAAAUUAUACUAUGAUUGGAACAGUGGUUGGGAAAUUUGAUUUUGAUGGCUGCACAUCAGAAAUAUCAAAUAAAUUGAUUUUCUCUUGGAUUGUUGCUAAUUCAUUAGCAAAGGUCAGCACAAGCCAACCCCUCAGAUGUGAGAUUCAUAACUUAAUAUCACUUUAUCUCAUAGAUGCGGACAGAAUAUACAACAUUCACGUUGUAAUGUGUGAAGUGUUUUCUCCCUUUAAGGUACUGGAGCAACCUUCCUACGAGAUCAACCUCUACAUGUACAUGUACUUUGUCAUCUUCAUCAUCUUUGGCUCGUUCUUCACACUCAACCUCUUCAUUGGUGUCAUUAUUGACAAUUUCAACCAACAGAAGAAAAAGAUAAGUACCACACUAUGAAAAAGAAGCGCCCCCCCCCAACACAGUUGUCGAAGUUGUUGAAUUAAAAAUACUUACAAUAAUUCCUGUGUUGUAUUUUUUCUGCACUUUGGAGAUAAAGAUAUUUUCAUGACUGAGGAACAAAAGAAGUACUACGAUGCCAUGAAGAAACUCGGUUCCAAGAAGCCCCAGAAGCCAAUUCCACGUCCAACUGUAUGUCAUAUAUAAAACACUGCAGGAUAAAUUAGGUCUACUUGAGUCAAGCACUCAAUAUGUGUCAUAGUUGUAUUUGUAAUUACUGACAUGAAAAAUGAUAAGACUUGCUAAGACCAUGUAAUGAGACAUCAGCAGGGCAUUCUUGGCAUGACUCUCUCAUUAGUGACCCCUGUGUUGACCCUUUCUUUAACACUGCUGGUGUGAAGCUUGACCCUACAUCUCUCUUUGACCUGCAGAAUCCAAUCCAGGGAAUGGUGUUUGACUUCAUCAGUCAGCAGUUCUUUGACAUCUUCAUCAUGGUGCUCAUUUGCCUGAAUAUGGUCACCAUGAUGGUGGAGACGGAUAACCAAAGUGCUGAGAAGGAGGACUUCCUCUUCAAAGUGAACGUGGCUUUCAUCAUUGUUUUCACCGGAGAGUGUAUGCUGAAGCUCAUUGCCUUGCGACAAUACUUCUUCACCAAUGGAUGGAACAUUUUUGAUUUCGUUGUGGUCAUUUUGUCCAUAGCUGGUAGGUACCUGACAUAUAUCUUUCGCUGAACUGUAUGAUUUGUCCAUCUUGGUUCUGAUUGUCUGUUUUUGAUUUCAGGUACGAUGCUCUCAGAUCUGAUUGAGAAGUACUUUGUGUCGCCAACUCUGUUCAGAGUCAUCAGACUGGCCAGAAUAGGCAGGAUUCUUCGACUAAUUAAAGGAGCCAAGGGUAUUCGGACGCUUCUCUUUGCUCUCAUGAUGUCACUUCCUGCCUUAUUCAACAUAGGCCUCCUUCUUUUUCUCAUCAUGUUCAUCUUCUCCAUAUUUGGGAUGUCUAACUUUGCUUAUGUCAAAAAGGAGGCUGGAAUCGAUGAUAUAUUUAACUUUGAGACAUUCGGUGGUAGUAUCAUCUGCUUGUUCGAGAUCACAACAUCAGCCGGUUGGGAUGGCCUCUUGCUUCCGAUGUUGAAUAAGGAGUAUCCAGACUGUGAUCCAGACUUUGAGAACCCCGGCACAGAUGUUAAGGGUAACUGUGGAAACCCUGGCAUGAGCAUGAUGUUCUUCUGCAGUUACAUCAUCAUCUCUUUCUUGGUGGUGGUCAACAUGUACAUCGCCAUUAUCCUGGAAAACUUUAAUGUGGCGCAGGAGGAGAGUGGGGAUGCUCUCUGUGAGGAAGACUUUGAAAUGUUCAAUGAGACUUGGGAGAAGUUUGACGUAGACGGAACUCAGUUCAUUGAGUAUAGUCGACUCUCGGAUUUCUGUGAUGCCUUGCAGGAGCCUCUGAGGGUAGCAAAACCCAACCGACUUCGGCUGAUUGAAAUGGAUCUGCCCUUGGUGAUCGGAGAUAGGAUCCACUGCCUGGAUGUCUUGCUGGCGGUCACACAGAUGGUCUUGGGAGACACGGUGGAGAUGGCAGCAAUGCGGGAGAGCAUUGAGGCGAAGUUCAUCUUGAACAACCCCACCUCGGACUCCUUUGCGCCAAUUACCACAACGGUGCGCCACAAGGAAGAGCAGAACGCUGCUGUGGUCAUCCAGAGGGCUUACCGUGUCCAUCUCCUGAGACGCUGUGUUCGCCAUGCUGCAUUUAUGCACCGCUGUAAGAGGCUGGGUAGAAAUAACGAGGAUGACGAAGCACCGGAAAAGGUGGGAAUGCUGGCACGAAGGAUGGGAGUGCUCUAUGGCAGCAAUGUGGACCUUGCAGAGGAGAUGGAGCAGGCUGCCUUGGACGCUCUCGCUAACCAGCAGCCGCCUCCUGAUCCUGAGACAUUAUCACAGUACUCAGAUGUCGGGUGUGCUUCUGAUUCCCCAGAGCCAAACAUCAUGGUUGUACCUGUAGAAAUUACUAAUGAGGUUUUACUACAUUCUGCCCCAAGCCAACACUUGUUGACUCUACCGGCAAACCUAAAAGAGUCAAUUGUAUAG